AUGUACGAAAGGAUUGGCUUGCACCAUCUGAUGAAGUUAUUUCUUCCAACCUCACGACUGCCUUCGAGGUUUGACAUAUUAACAGAACAAUCAGAACCGCAGGGUCAUAAUCAUCUAAGCUUUUACGAGGGGAAUAAUUUCUCACAUACGAAUACACCUCGAGCAAUUGGUUAUCAGAAACCCAAACACUUGUGGAUGGCUAAGGAUAACUCACUGAAUAUUCUCGAUAGCACAUCGACAAUGAAUGACGAAUGUCUGCAUUUUUGUUCCGGUUCUCGGCCCAACAAUGAGUCGCGUACGACUUCUGAGCAUGUAUUCUCUUCUCAUCAAGUUGCAGAGUUGACUCCACUGCGUAACGGUUAUAAUGGAGUAUCUCCAUCUAAUUCCAGCAGUGCCCCAGGAACAAUUGCAAUGCCUUCCUCAUUGACGAACACAAGCAGUAGCCCCAGCAACCAUCCCUCUCCGCAAAAUAGGUUUGGGGUUAGCAAUGUUGCUGGUCCUCAUUACGAAAGUCCGGUUGUCUCUUAUCCACAAAAGGGGGGAUCUCAUGCAACGCAUUGUAUUGACUCUUCUGAAUGGAAGCCCAAACGUAAACGAGGUCGACCACCAAAGACAAAGUCAGAUAACGUCGAUGUCCAUACUCAUCCAGUAAGUCGGAAGCGUCAAUCUCGAUUGGACUCAAAAGUCCGCGAAAAUUGCUCUAUGCCUCAGCCGAGCACUAGUUCAGCAUUUUUGACAGGUGGAUUAAAGAUACGCCUUCGUAGGGAUGUUUCCGUCGACGAGCCGAUUUGCGGCAAAAAGUUCCGAUCCCGAAAAUCAAAUCAGAAAUCCGUUCAAGUUUUCCGAAUAGUUGAAUCAUGGUGUGAUGCUGACGCACCUGGUGGACUUGCUGCUAAGUCAAACGCAGUCUCUCCCAUGUCCACCAAUCAGACCUCAGGAGGUUUUAGAGUUGGGGAUGUGGUGUGGGCCAAGCUCGCUGGCUACCCGUACUGGCCUUCAAGGAUCAGCGCGUUGUAUGCGCGGACUCCUCAUCAGCUGGCUCAGGUGAGUCCCGAAAAUGCGAACAGUGACUCGCUGGCGGUGUCCGCAACCCCUGCGGAUCCUGCGUUGGCUCCCGGUUUCACGGCAAAAGUGGAAUGGUUUGCUUGGAAUCAAUGCUCUUAUCUUAGUUGUGCGAAACUUUUCCCUUUUAUGGAGUACUUCGCUAAGCUUUACACUCCUCGAACUCGUGUAAAAAACUACGCAGAAGCGGUUAAUAUGGCAAAGCUCGUUGUUGAGGGUGGUUCAAAUGGGACGCAACUGACGUCAGAGACACAAAGUGAUAUGGAGAAAGGUUCCUCCGCGUCCUUAUCACUGUCAAAUAAUACCGAGCAUGGGCGCUCUGACUUGUCCUGUCCUCCUGAUCUCCAUUUUGCUUUCAGUCCUCUUAGUGUCCCAAAGUAUUCUGAUGGCUUAUGUCUUCCUGAUCUUCGUCUCGCGUUUAAUCCUACGAAUCCUCAAUUUCCCGUGAGCAAUCAGGGCCCAACGGAGAAUGGUCACUUUUCAUUUUUAAAUCUUGAAGUAAAUUCGGGUGACUUCUCUCAAGUUCCGGAGCAGUGUUGGGGACCUCUACCGCAGUUGGACGUCAGUGGGUUAAAUGAGUUCAAUUCUGGCGUGCCGACCUUCUCUGAAGACGAGGACGAGGGGAAUGAGUCUCUGGCCAAUCAACUCAAGUCUGAACUGGGUUCCAUUGGAAUCAAGCAUACGAUUUAA